UCAAAGGUGGCGCUGAUUCCGUACCAUUCUGACAACAAACUCAUGUUGUAGUGAGUCACAAGAUCAAAUUUGCAAUAAGUAAUCAAAACAAAAAUGGACAAACUGAAGAAGGCACUGAGUGGAGACGAUGAAGACGAAGAAAAGGGCAUCGUCACACAGAUAUCGGAUGCCUCCACCUUAAGUUGGUCAACCAGAAUAAAAGGCUUCAUAGUGUGCUUUGUGCUUGGCGUUGCGUUAUCAAUGCUGGGAUCCUGUUUAUUAUUUGCAAGGAAUGGUCUCAUCAUGUUCGCGGUUUUGUACACAAUUGGCAACAUUCUGUCAUUAUCAAGUACAUGUUUUCUGAUGGGCCCUUUGAAUCAACUUAAAAAGAUGUUUGCAAAAACAAGAAUUAUUGCAACUAUUUUAGUUCUGGUGAUGUUUGUGCUGACGAUAGUUUGUGCAACAGCUCUGAAGAAUGGGGCAGGCCUGGCCAUCCUGUUCUGCAUCCUGCAGUUCCUGGCCUUAACCUGGUACUCCCUGUCCUACAUCCCGUUUGCAAGAGAUGCUGCCAAAAAAUGUUUUGCUGGUUGCAUUGGAUGAAAACUGCGAUACUCUUUGACACCACCUGGGACACCAUCUGCUUGAAUGGAACAUCCAGUAUUCCCUAUGUCAUUGUGAUUGGACUCUUCCGACUGCAACAUCUCCCUACCACAUAGAUUGGGAGUUUCACAUUAAGAAUGGUUGCCAUAUGUUCAAGUAAUUGUUUGUUCAUGAGAGAAACAUUUCAUGAGAUUUAAAUUGUUACCUGUUCCAUCUGAAUGAAUUAUUAAGAAAAUCAUAAAAUAUGUUAUUUUUUUUGCAGAUGUAUGUACAUUGAGGACAUGUACAAAGUGUUGUAAAUUACAAACAGUUUCUUGAUUUGAUCUUUGUCACUGAGUAGGUCAGAUAACUUUGAAUUAGUAGCUGUUGGGAUAUUGUAAGAAAAAUUGAGUUAUGUUUUGAGUCUUGUUCAUAAAAAAAUAUGUGAUAAAAAUAUUUGGAUAUGAAUCAGAAAAUUUUCAGUGACAACUUUUGGUUCUGAAUCAGCAUGAUUAGAAAUAUUGUUCCGUUUGAACUGUUGGUAUGUCGUUAUUAAGUGGCAUAUUUGAGUAAAGGUACAGGUAUGUAGGUAUUCAGGAUGUAGUGUGUCGUGGUGUCAAUAUCAGGUGGAACAACAAGUGCAUGCUACCUUUCAUCAGUGCUACGUGUAUCAUAACAUUAUUAUUAUUGUACAUUUUACCAUUGUGGCUAUGACCUGGGCUACUUGUCUUUGGAGGCUGACAGCUGUUCAAGUCCCACGAUACAAGACAUUCGCAUGUCAACCCCAUCUUUUACUUUAGAUUCUUCAGAGAUGUGCUUGAAGUGUUUUAUGACUUAUUCUGAUGCAACGUUGAAGAGUUUUUGCAAAUUUGUCAAUAGCUCAAAAAAAAGCAUAGCAAUUGCUCUAUAGCCCAAAUGUCACUGCAUAUCAUGAUAUGAAUAGUAAACUAUGCUAUUGUGAUUGAAGUCACAAAACAUUGGUUUGCUUCACUCCAUGUCACACAUGGUAAACUCAGUCAAGAUAAGGUUAGUAAUGAAAAUGUUCUGAGGGUCGAUACCAGCCGUAUAUUUAUUGAUUCAUUCACACGUACACUUCAGACAAUUCGAGAAUAAUAGAUAGUUAAUAUGGAAGCCCAGCGCUGUCAUAUUGGCACACCGACCAAGUUCAUUGAAGUAACACAAGUGUGAUGUUCCUCAUCCAUUAUUUAUUGCUUACCCGGAUUUCCUUAGUGACUCUGUUUCACACAUGGCUAUAAAUACAUCAUGGGGUAUACACCUAUACUGAAACAGUGAAGCCCUCUGGGACCUGGCUCAUCCCUGCUGGCCAUAGACUGCCCAGCUGAAAAUCUCACUAUUACAAUAGACCUUUGUCUAAAAACUGAUGCUGGAACUGGCAAAGUAAGCAUCAGAAAUUUAUCAAAACUAACACUGGGUUCAUUUUAUUGGAAAAGAUCGUUUCCCUCCUAUUUGUUUUGUGUAUCUGUUUCAUCAUGUUUGAGGGGGCACGGAUGGCCCAGUCGUCUAAGGCGCUGCGAUUCACUGUGCAGAGUUGUGUCCCUCCGGCAUGCCAGAAACCUAUGAUUGUGGGUUCAAAUCCCGGUUUGCCCCGAUUAUGUUUCUAGGUUUGUCAGCACCACACGUCGCGAUAUAACUGUAAUACUGUUAAACGCGGCAUUAAACACAACUCACUCACUCACUCAUCAUGUUUGAUGAUGUAUCAAAGUAGUUUUGAAGUUCCGAAUGUUUAUACUUAGGUCUGGUCUGGUUGUCUAAAAGCCACAAUUCCUAAAUUCCCAGUGAGAGUUGUUUCCCUUUGAUGUGCCAGGAUCCUGGGUUUCCAGAUUCCCCCUUAUUAUGAUACCAGGGGAUAUGCAUGGUUUGUGGCUGUUUACCAAAGUGGUAAACAUCAAACAGCAGAAUCACCUUCCUUCAUCAAUGAACAGAUAUACACUGAAAGAUAACUGAAAUUGUGUACAUUUUGUAUUUUCCUCAGAUGUCUGGUUUGAUCAUAGGAAUAAAAAAUACCUUGGCUUCUUGAUACGAGAUUUUAUUAAGGGAAAGGUUUGUGAGGAAACUAGAGUACAAAUCAUCUAUUGUGUUCUGUAUAUGUGUUAAGUUCUUCCUAUCCGCCUGGUAUAAAUAUUUCAAGAUAUUGGUUUUAAAAGGUGUUCUUUCAUUCAUGUUGUCAU